AUGCCGGUUCUAUAUGGUGAGGGAGAGGACAAAGCAUUCGCCCGACUCCGCGCGAUCAUUGGUCCGCAAGAGGGCAUCCGUCAGGCCCUUAGCUCUGUUGGCGACGAAGAAAGUUCGGAUAAUAGCGUCGAGGCACGGCGAGAAAGUGUGCUGGCCUCCUUGAGCUUCGAGCAGAUCGAUGCUCGCCAUACUAAUAUCAGAGACGCCCAGCGCGCAACUUGUGAGUGGUUGUUGCAACAUCCAGACUUCAGUGCUUGGGCCAACAAGGACAGACAUCCCGGUAUUCUGUGGAUCUCCGGCAAGCCAGGCGCAGGCAAAUCGACUCUUAUGAAGUUCGUUCUUGCCCAUGUCCGGAAGACCCAAGCUGCAGAUGAGAUCGUUUUGGACUUCUUCUUCAACGCGCGAGGUGACGAGUUCGAGAAGACAACACUGGGCAUGUACCGCGCUCUGCUUUUCCAUCUAUUGCAAAAGGUUCCGGACCUAAAGAUCAUCCUGGAUGACGUUGGCAACUCAAAUGCUGCUGGAUCCCACGCUUUUGUCUGGUCCAUACCAAGCUUGAAGAUCCUUCUUUGCAAAGCCAUCGGAGCUCUUGGACCACGCAAGCUCAAAAUCUUCGUUGACGCGCUGGAUGAAUGCAAAGAGCAAGAAGUUAGAGAUAUGGUCGAGUUCCUCGAGGAGCUUGGAGAGCACGAAGUUGCGGAGGAGAGUCGACUUUCAAUCUGCAUGGCCAGCCGUCACUACCCUUCGAUCGAGGUCCUCCACAGUUGGCGUCUGAUCCUGGAAGACGAGGACGGCCACGCGGAUGAUUUGAGAAAGUACAUUCAGCGCCGACUUCAAGCCGGUAAGGGCAAGGCCAUCGACGAGAUUCGGGUACAAGUACAAAAGAAGGCCAAUGGAGUCUUCAUGUGGGUCGUAUUAGUCGUUGGCAUUUUGAAUGAUGAAUUCCGGCGUGGGCGAAUCUUUGCUGUCAAGCAGAGGCUGCGAGAGAUCCCUCCGGAGCUGAGUGAGCUGUUUAGAGACAUGCUUCAGCGAGAUCACGAUAACAUGGACGAUAUGCUACUUUGCCUGCAGUGGAUACUGUUCGCAAAACGUCCGUUGAGCCGCGAAGAGUUCUACUACGCUAUGGAGGCCGGCCUACAUACGGAAGAUGGAGGUCAGUGGCGACCGGAACCUCAAAACCCGGAAGAAGUUACAGCUGAGGUCAUGGAAAGACUUGUCUUGAGCUCAUCGAAAGGCCUCGCCGAAGUCACCAGGUCCAAAAAGGCACCCGUAGUGCAGUUUAUCCACGAGUCGGUCCGAGAUUUCCUGCUCAAAGACGGUGGUUUGCAGCAGCUCUGGUCGGAACUCAAUGGCGACUUGGCUUCAGGCAGCCAUGAAAGACUCGAGAAGUGCUGCUCGAAUUACUUGAAAGUCGACCUGUCAAGUCAUGUGGAUAUCCCUGACCCACUGCCCAAGGCCAAAUCUGAACAGGCAAAGAGCUUACGACAGCGAGUCAUUGAUUUGUUCCCCUUCGUGAGAUACGCAAAGGAAGGGAUUCUUUAUCAUGCCGAUCAAUCCACGUUGAGUGCAACGCAGACAAACGUCCUUCAAGGGUUCGUCCUUGACAAGUGGAUUCACAUCCACAAUAUACUGGAGCCUAUCGAGCUUUGGCGACACAGCAACGAAGUAAACCUGUUGUACGUUUCGGCAGUCAGGAAUCUCGAUCGACUUAUUCGGCAUUUCAAGUCUCAGGGUGUGUGGCUCCGACUGCGCAAAGAGAGAUACCAAUUCCCCGUCCUUGCUGCAUUCGCAGGGGCCCACGUGGCGGCAUUGCGAGCGCUUCUCGGAGACGACGUCGAAGAGUUUCUGCCUAGCUUCCAGAGAGAUCCCGGUUUCGGUAAAGCCUCUCGGUGCUUACAGCACGGGUUUCCAUUGCUCUGGGCAGCUUCGAACAAAAACGAGAGUUUUGCGAAAUUCCUUCUCACGACUUGCCCGAGUACGGACAUAUUCUAUCUCCGGAAUCUUCCCACCUCUGCUUUGAGGUACGGUAUGUCGAAUCUUCUCACGUAUGCUUUGAGGUACGGUCCGCCGACUGUAGUGCAGCUGCUGCUCGAUGCCGGCGAGGACCUUGAUGCAUUCAGCGUAAUGGGCAGCGCGCUACAUGAGGCAUCAAGAGCAGGGAACCCCGAUGUUGUGCAGUUACUUCUGGACAAAGGCUGGCAAGUGAAUGCUCAAGGAGGUCGUUUUGGCAACGCAUUGCAGCUGGCAUCUUACCGAGGACACGAGAAAACAGUGCAAAUACUCCUGACUGCAGGAGCGGAUGUCAAUGCUCAAGGUGGGUUAAAUGCGCUGUAUGCAGCGGCACGAGGGCGUGAAGACAAGAAACUGGCGCAGAUGCUGAUCAAUGCGGGAGCGGACGUCAACGCACUACUGAGAGGGUAUUGCACUCACAAGAAUGAUGAGAACUAUGCCACUGCACUCCAAGUGGCAUCAUCCAAAGGACACGAGAACUUGAUGCGAGUGCUUCUAGAGGGAGGAGCGGACGUCAACGCCUGUGAGAAGCAUGGGCCCAAUUUCUCCGGCACUGCGUUACAGGCUGCGUCGACGCAUGGCCACGAGAGCGUCGUGAAACUACUGCUCGGUGCUGGAGCGGAAGUUGACGUCCGAGAAGACACUGGACGCGGCAACUUGUCAUGGCCAAGCAAAGGUGGUGCAAAUGCUAUUGCACGCCGGAGCCGUUGCCAGUGGACGCGAAACUGA